CUGCCUGUCUCGUCCUGGGUUGUAUGAUUUUUCCUGAUGGCUGGGAUUCAGAUGAGGUAAAACGGAUGUGUGGUGAAAAGACAGACAAGUACACGCUGGGGGCUUGUUCAGUCCGCUGGGCAUAUAUCCUGGCAAUUAUUGGAAUCUUGGAUGCCCUGAUCCUCUCAUUUCUGGCAUUUGUGCUUGGCAACAGACAAGACAGCUUGCUAGCAGACGAGCUCAAGUUGGAAAAUAAAG